UGAGUUUGACCAUUCCCCAGGCUUUGGAGUAUCGAGAUUUUGUUUGGAGCGGACUAACUGCGAUCCUGGACUUUUGUACACGCUGUAUUCUAAUCUGCAACGUCACCCAGUGCUGUAGUAUUACACACACGUGGAUGACGAGGGCGUUGGUCAGCGCUGGAUGGUUUUCUUAUGAAAAUUUCUUCUGAGGAGGCGGUGAAAGCAGGUGGUUGGUCAGACAUACGUGAUUUAUUUUACGUCGGUGGGGCACGGUCCUGAGCACGAAAACCAAGACAGUGACCAUUCAAGCAUGUGGAAAGCCGCUCGAAACACCGUGCGCUUGACGUGCUCUGCGUGCCGGUCUGUUGCUCAUGCCAGCUGCCAGGCUCGUGUUAGUGCUCCGCGUGUCAUCAGCUCUGCUACACCAUGUCCAACGGGAUGCAGGGCUCUAUCCUCUUCAUCGACUUCUAGCACUGCUGUGACGUCGACAAGUAGCGACGGGCGGUUUCUGACGGUUGCGUGGCAAGCGGGCGGGGAAAGUCGCUAUCCGUUCAUCUACUUACGAGACAACUGCACUUGUUCGGAAUGUUUUCACGAGCUCUCCAGUAUGAGGACGGUGGAAAUAAUGGCCGACGGUAUUGAUGCUGACAUAAGCCCGUCUGGUGUUGAGAGCACUGCUACUGGGGUGAGAAUCACCUGGCCCAAUGGCCACGUUAGUGACUUUACCAAUGCCUGGCUACGUGAGCAUACGCUGAGCACCCAGCCCAAGGACCAUGGGCUUGGCAGGUUCCAGCGGCCUGCUGCUCAGCCUUGGUUGGCGAGCACGUUUUCACCUCCGGUCUUUGGACUUGAUGCGAUGAUGAGCAAUGAGAAUGUGCAGUAUGAUAUACUGGAUAACCUGUACAAAUCUGGCAUUGUGGUGGUUAAAGGAUGCGGCACUGAGCCUAUGCCGAAUGAAGUUUACGAGAAACUGGGCAUGCUGCAAGACACGGCUUUUGGCUUGUUUUGGUUGGUCGAGGCACGAGCGGAUCCAAACAACUUGGCCUACUCACCAAAGGCCUUCCCGCUGCAUACAGACCUCCCGUAUCUCAAAAAUACCCCUGGGACACUUCUUCUGCACUGCUUGCGGCAGGCUCCAACCGGUGGCCACACAUUCCUUACUGACGGAUUUGCUGUUGCAGCCAAGCUACGAGAGGAGAAUCCACUUUGGUAUGAUCUCUUUUCCCGAGUACCUGUCACCUGGCAUCAGCUGGGCUAUGACCCGACCAGUGAUCGGCAUUAUCACUACGAGUUUGCUCAGCCGAUAUUAAAUGUUGACAGACAUGGAGAGUUGUACAAGGUCUGCUUUAGUGUAGCUGCCCGCGGUAGCUUUCUAUCCAUAAAGGAGGACGAUGUGCAUGACUUCUACCAUGGCUACCUUCGCUGGAUGCAAUUGUGCAAGAGCCCAGAGCAUCGAUACGAAGUCCGCUUGGAGCCGGGCGACAUGCUGAUCAUUAAUGAUCAACGCAUAGCACAUGGCCGUGAUGCCAUCAGUGACACACGUGAGAAAGGUCGGUGUUUGCGAGGCUGCUAUCUGUCCUGGGACGAUGUGGACUCUCGGUUUCGCCACCUCUAUUACAAAUUGAAGAAAGCAUGAGAAGGCACUCGUCAUACGUGAUUGUCUAGCUACUCAGAAAUGGACCUUGCCAUGCGGAUUUAGAAUUGUACAAGCAGCUGGUCCACAUGUCCUUCCCUUGAAGGGUUGUCAUUUGGAUGGUGAAUUCUAAUACUAGUACAUGUACUCAUUUUCUCUUAUACCCUGUCGAUUUCUGUAUUGCCCCACUCAUAGUUUGCGGAAAUAAUUUCUUACCCUUUAGAUUCUGGCGAUUCGUGACUGCCAUCCGGAGCACAUGAGGGACAUGCCUGAUUGUCGAAGUUUCCACUUGACAAACCAAGAAAGCACCGGUCCCUAUGUGAGUCAGUCAAGUGCCAAAUUCGCCAGGAAGCAUAAGCUCCACACAGGAGCUGCCAGCUUUGGUCUACUAUCUUAUCGACAUGUCAUCAGUACGAGCAUAAUGAUUAUGACUUGGGAUUGUGUGAACAUGAAGAUAUCUUUCCUCGGUCAUAUUUGCAGGUUGCUCCCCGCAUGUGAACUUGUAGUGAUUUUUUCUCACAGUAGAGAUUAGGGACUUCAUAGGAAUGUUGGGGGUUCUCCUCCGCCGACCUUACGAGCCCUCUUGUAAUCAACUAGGCCAUGUGUAGACUUGCACGUGCGGAUACAGUGUACACAGUCUAUGCACCAUCUCUUAAUUAAACAAUUGUUUGUCAUGCUGCUUGUUUACGCACUGGCAAGCAUGUAUUGUAUUUGUAUUUUGACUAUUUUCACUUGGUAUCAAUUGAGUUCCAUAUCGUAUUCCAA